GUCCAAUCAGAACAGACCACGAAAAGAGACGAAGGAGAGAUGGAUUGUGGCUCUGUCAAAUAAUUAGUUUAUAUGGAAACCUUUAGUGCUUUAAUUAAUAAUUAGUUCUGCUAUUAUAAAAAUAAUUGUAAUGAUGGACUAUUUAUCAAAUAUUAAUUGGAACAAAGUCACGCCAUGCCUAGUGUUGUUAGUUUUAGAAGUUUUAUUAGAUUUUUCAGAGUGCACGUCACAAGCUGAAGUUAACAAGCACUUGGAGCUGGGCCGCGAUUUCCUCGCUCGCGGUCAGCUGUCUGAUGCACUUACACAUUAUCACGCCGCUGUUGAGGGCGAUCCACAUAACUACCUCACAUAUUUUAAACGAGGCACUGUCUAUUAUGCACUCGGCAAAGCAAAAUUUGCCUUACAGGACUUUACAAAAGUCCUGGAAAUUAAAGCUGACUUCACAGCUGCCAGACUCCAUAGAGCCAAUGUCUACCUCAAGCUAGCACAGUACCGAGAGGCCAAAGAGGACUAUUUACAAGUUACAUACAGUGACCCGUACAACGUGGAGGCGGCGGAAGCCCUGCAGCGCGUGGACGAGCUGGCGGACGAGCUGCGGCUGGCGGAGGCGUACUGGCGCGGCCGCGACCACCGCGCCGCCGCCGAGCUGGCCACGCACCUGCUGGACGUGUCGCCCUGGUCCGCGCAGCUGCGGCAGCUGCGCGCCGAGUGCUACAUCGCGCUGAACGAUUUAUUCUCGGCGGUUUCCGACAUACGCUCGGUGAACCGUCUGCAGCAGGACUCGACGGACGGCUACUUCCGUCUCGCCUCGCUGCUCUACCAGCUCGGGCACGUCAGCGACGCUCUCAAGGAAAUAAGGGAAUGUCUGAAGCUGGACCCCGAACACAAGUCGUGCUUCCCGUUCUACAAGAAGCUAAAGAAAGUGGACAAACUGCUGCUCGACUGCGAGGAGAGAAGUCAGUCGCGCGACUUCCUCGGCUGCGUCGACAGCGCCAACAAGGUCCUGCGCAUAGAGGACCAGGUCACGCUCGUCGUGUUCGAGGCGAGGCGCUGGCUCUGCAGCUGCUACGCCAAGGAGGAGGCGCACUCGGAGGCGCUGUCGGCGUGCGCGAGCGCGCUGGAGCUGCGGCGCGACGCGCGCGUGCUGUGCGACCGCGGGGACGCGCUGCUCGGCCUCGACAUGUUCGACGACGCUAUCCAGUCGUUUAAGGAGGCUCUGGAGCUGGAGGAGGGUCUGCAGCGGGCCAAGGAUGGGAUCAGUAGAGCUCAGAAACUACAGAAGCAGUCCGAGCAGAGAGAUUACUACAAGAUUUUAGGUGUCAAGAGGACGGCGACGAAGCAGGAGAUAGUCAAGGCGUACCGCAAGGCGGCUCAGAAGUGGCACCCGGACAACUUCCAGGGCGACGAGAAGAAGCUCGCAGAGAAGAAGUUCAUCGACGUGGCCGCAGCCAAGGAGGUGCUGACGGACGCGGACAAGCGCGCGCAGUUCGACGCGGGCGCCGACCCGCUGGACCCCGAGCGCGCCGCGCCCUCGCCCUUCGCGCACUUCCAGCACGGCUCGCCCUUCCAGUUCAAGUUCCACUUCAACUGACCUCAUCCUCCGGCUCGGCCCGCAGCUCCGGAUGCGGUAAUCUUCCCGACGUUUAUUUGAGUACAAAGCCUACUUGCGCGUACUUAUUUUUCCUCGCUUCGUAGACGUCUUUCUUUAAUUUCUUAGUAUGCUAAAAAUUUUAUUGUCGUCGAUUGAAAACAUGCAUAAUAGAUGACGGGAGGACAGGUGUACGAUGAAAUAUAAGAUAUAUGCUAGAAAUGAUUUAUUUUUCUCACAGAUUUUGCCAGUUACGAUCGCUUAAAACUAGUCUUAAGUUAUUCAGAGAAACAAAGAAUGUCAGAUAUUAUUUAUUAGUUUUAAAUAGAAUAUAUUAAUGACAAAAUUCGACUGAUAGGAAAUAAAUCACUUGUCAUUCGAAUGAUGUCUCACAAAAACUCCCACAUAUGUAUGUAAUAUUAAUGUUAACAGAACGUUAGCAAUACAUAUAGAUUUAUCUCAUUCUUACGUUAUCGUGUUGUGACUACAGUUAUGUUGAGGUGUGUUUCCACUGAAGUAAUUUUUACAUAAAAUUGUUCGUGAUUCUUAAAAAUGACUCGCACCAGUUUUGGAAUCAAACCGAACAAGUGUACGCGUAUUCCUUUUACGUUUACCGCCUGAAACGUAAACACGAUCCGUGUGCUUAAUUCAACUGCAACUUUCCUUAUGUGGAGACUCAGCUUUACGUUAUAAUUCCGUUUAUUUUAUACAUGACCUCAUGUUUAUUUAUUUAUUUCAGAAUUAUCAUGUUAAUAUCUGCUAGUAGCCGUGCCUUUAAUAUAUUAUCGAAUCAUUAAAAUUCUCAUUAUUGUGUGAAAUAAUUUAUUUAUUAUUAUUUAAAUUUUAUACUAAAUGGCGUUUUUAGAUGUUAUCGUGCAUUUUGAUAAAUAAUUGUACAAAAUAAGAUUAUGAAAACAUUCAAAACGACCGAAUUAUUUUCCACCAUCGUUUUUGAUGAAAAAUAUACGUCGAAAUAUGCUCGUUUUGAAGGUCUUCUUGAAUUGUGUAAAAGUUACGUCGAUACGAACGCACUCGUCCUUCCAAAGCACGAGUCGGUGUCGGGCGUGUCGGGCGCGGGCGGGGCGACACGACGGCGUUUGCAAACGAUACGAACUUACGUUUAGAUAGUUUCGUACGCGGUUCUCUACUUUAAGGCCACUUCGUAUGUAUAUUGUAAAUAUUACAGGGCGUUCAUUCGGGCCGUUUUCUUUUUAUCUUAAAGUAGAGAAUUUUGUACAGGAUUUCGGUCCGACUGUUUAUAAAUAUUUGUUUUAAAUAAGUUAUUUUGUUGUGAUUUAAACCAACAUUGUAAAUAUUUUAGAAUUAAAAGAUUUAUGAUA